AUGCCGCCCCAACGCUGCCUCUUCUCGCCCUCGCGAGCCCUGCGCUCCGUCUUCAUGCGACCGCUCCCAUCAGGGACGAGUCCCGCUACCACGAUCACCGCGACCACCCGCCUGCCCAUCUACCUGCUCUCGCCCCGGCUCUUCAGCAGCUCCAGCCCACAGCUCCUCGUACGCCGGCGGUUCAAACCCUCCACGGCCGCCACCAAGGCCCCCGUCUCGCGCCUGCCCUCGGACAACGCCAUACCCUACAAAUGGGUCCGCAUCGCGGGCUGCCAGGACCACGGCCUGGAGCCCGAGAACCCGGACUCGAACUCCGACUUGUCGGCCCCCCAGCGCACCGCCGACAUACUGAAGGGGCUGGACCGGCAGAAGUACACGCUCGUCAUGGUGGCGCUGCCGUCGUUGCGAAUCAAGAAGAAAGAGGUCAGAAGGGGUGAACAAAAAGAAGGCGAGGAAGAGGAGGAGGUGGAAGAGGAGGAGGAGGAAGAAGAGGAGGAAGAGGAAGAGGAAGAGACGCUAGAGACCCUGGCCGAGAAGGAGAAGAAGAACUCCCCCGUGUGCCGGAUCAUCGACAAGCACGCGCACGCCAAGGCGGCCGACGAGAAGGAGAAGGCGGCGCGCCGCAAGGAGCUCAACCGCAAGGAGCUCGAGCUCAACUGGGCCAUCGCCCCCAACGACCUGCAGCACCGCCUUAAGCAGUUCUGCCGGUUCCUGGCCGAGGGCAAGCGCGUCGAGCUGCUGCUCGCCAAGAAGCGCCAGGGCCGGAAGGCCACCCCCGACGAGGGGGAGGCCCUGCUCGCCGCCCUGAGGGAGGCCGCCGAGCAGGAGGGCGCCAAGGAGGUCAAGAUGGAGGGCAAGUUCCCCGGCGUCGUGAACCUGGUCUUCGAGGGCAAGAGCAGUGGUGCUUCGGGGGACGAAGGGACGGCCGAGCGAAGGUCGGAUGAACCGAAAUUACAAGAAUGGCAAGAAAUGCCAGCCCUUGGCAAAGUUCAUCGUGUGCUCAUUACAUUGUGA